CUACAGUAGCUUAUAAAGUGAGUUGAAAUAAAUCGGAUUCCUGGGUGCUUCCUCACCACUCGCAUUUCUGGGUGGAUAUUGUUGCAGCAGUCGGAAAAGGUCUACGGUGGAUACAAUGGUGGCCACCGUGCUAUCUUCUUCUCUCUGUUGCUAUGCCUCAAUUCGCGAUACUCGUAUGCCUCAUCAUGCCAAAUUAGUUUCUUCUUCUCGUCAAUUCGGCACCGCCUUCGCCACUGGUUCCCCUCUCUCGAUUCGGACACCACCAAUCUACCGGAGAAAGGCUGCUGCUCUCAGUUCAACAUCAGUGUGUGUAAGAUGUGAGCAGAGUACAAAUGAACAAGGCAGUGGUUUAGAUGUAUGGCUGGGACGACUCGCUAUGGUUGGUUUUGCUGCUGCUAUUAGUGUUGAAGUUGCUACUGGCAAGGGGCUUCUAGAGAAUUUUGGCCUCGCAGAUCCUCUGCCAACAGUGGCGUUAGCAGUCACAGCAUUGGUGGUAGUUCUCACUGCAGUCUUCAUCUUUCAGUCUGCAUCCAAAAAUUGACCUCAUUUGUUUUUCUUGAAGAUGCCUUCUGUUAUGUAUAUUGUAUGUUCUUUUGAAAGAUGAGUUACUUUCCACAUACAGAUCAUGAAAGUGUAAAGAUACUGACGUUCUUUAUCUCAAAUCCAGGUUUUUUGUAUGAUUAACAAUUGAAACAUCA